CGGGCCGGGGCAGGAUGGCAGGGCCGGUGCCGAGCCGCGCCAGGGUCUACGCCGAGGUGAACACGCAGCGGCCGCGCGAGUACUGGGACUACGAGUCGCACGUCGUGGAGUGGGGCAACCAAGAUGACUACCAGCUGGUGCGGAAGCUGGGCCGGGGCAAGUACAGCGAAGUCUUUGAAGCCAUCAACAUCACCAACAACGAGAAGGUGGUGGUGAAAAUCCUCAAGCCGGUGAAGAAGAAGAAGAUCAAGAGGGAGAUCAAGAUCCUGGAGAACCUGCGGGGGGGCCCCAACAUCAUCAGCCUGCUGGACAUCGUCAAGGACCCCGUGUCCCGGACGCCCGCCCUGGUCUUCGAGCACGUCAACAACACAGACUUCAAGCAACUCUACCAGACGCUCUCCGACUUCGACAUCCGCUUCUACAUGUACGAGAUCCUGAAGGCCCUGGAUUACUGCCACAGCAUGGGGGUGAUGCACCGGGACGUCAAACCACACAACGUCAUGAUCGACCACGAGCACAGGAAGCUGCGCCUGAUUGACUGGGGGCUGGCCGAGUUCUACCACCCCGGGCAGGAGUACAACGUCCGCGUGGCCUCGCGCUACUUCAAGGGGCCAGAGCUCCUGGUGGACUACCAGAUGUAUGACUACAGCUUGGACAUGUGGAGCCUGGGCUGCAUGUUGGCCAGCAUGAUCUUCAGGAAAGAGCCCUUCUUCCAUGGCCAUGACAACUAUGACCAACUGGUGCGCAUCGCCAAGGUGCUGGGCACGGAGGACCUCUAUGACUACAUCGACAAGUACAACAUCGAGCUGGACCCACGCUUCAACGACAUCCUGGGCAGGCACUCGCGGAAGCGGUGGGAGCGCUUCGUGCACAGCGAGAACCAGCACCUGGUGAGCACAGAGGCCUUGGACUUCCUGGACAAGCUGCUGCGCUACGACCACCAGACGCGGCUGACGGCCCGCGACGCCAUGGAGCACCCCUACUUCUAUCCCAUCGCCAAGGAUCCGGCCAGGCUGGGCCCCCCGGCGCCGCUCUCCGCCGCCAGCACGCCUGUCAGCUCCUCCACCAUGUUGGCAGGCAUCACCUCGCUGUCCUCCUCACAGCCCCUGGGCCCCUUGGCCCCCUCGCCCGUCAUCUCCUCCCCCAGCGCUUUGGGGUCUCCCCUGCCCAGCGCCGCGGCCGCCGGCGCCCAGCCCUGA